AGUGCUGGAGACUGCGACGUAAGAGUAGCACACGAACCUCGCAGUCCGCGCAAGCGCAAUGUGGCGGGCUGUGCUGCUGCUGUCGGGACUAGCCGCGCCGUCCUCUGCUCACGGGAGGGAUCGGCGAGGUCUCCUCGGCAACCUCAUUGGCGAUGCUGGGAAAGUGCUUGACCCACUUGGCCUACUGCGCCCUCACUCGUCCGCCAGCUCCAGCAGCGACAGCUUCAGCCUGGGCGGCAACCUGGGCUUCCUGGGGCUGUCCGGCGGCCUGGCGCACUCCUCGUCCGGCGCCCAGUCCGGCGCCGCGGGCGGCUACACAUCAUCCAAUGCCAACUCGGGCUCCUCCAGCUACUCCGGAGGAGGCGGAUCAGGAGCUGCAUCCUCGGCGCACUCCAGCGCCACCAGUCAGGCGGCGCAAUACGGCAACCGCGAAGGCGCCGGUUACAACCAGCCUGGCGGGUACUCGGGAUCUCAGAGCAACGCCAAUGCCCAAAGCUCAGCUGCGGGAUACAGUGGAGGCUAUGCUCCAGUUUACGAGGAUACAUAUAUACCUCAGCCGCCUCCACAACCUCCUCCGCCCCCACCACCACGCCCUGCUUACAAACCACCACCACCACCACCACCCCCACCACCCCCACCACAGUAUAGCCCAGUUUAUGCACCACAACCACCUCCCCCUCGGCACCACCACAUGCCUCCACCAACACACCACAAGCAUGGACACCACCAUCACAAGCACCACCAAGGGAACUAUCAGCAGUGUUAUGGCGGAGGAUAUGGUCAAGAUAAUGGAGAUCGUCAUAGUUCGGAUUGUGUCUCUCCCCAAGGCCGUCCACAAGGUGGGUUGAUGUCUAAUAGUGCUAGCAAUGCUGCCAGUUCAAGUCAUGCUGCUAGUAAUACUGGCAGCACUGGAGGAGAAAUGGUCAAAGGAGGAUAUCCAGGAGGUGAAUAUGGACAAGGAGUGGCUUUGGCACUGCAAGGAGGAUUCAGCAGUAGCAGCAGCAACUCUGCAAGUCUGAGCCAAGCAAGUAAUAGUGCAAGCGGUAGUUACGGCCAAGGAGGGAGACCAGGGGGUGAAUAUGUACAGUCAGUGGCACCUGUGCAAGAUACAUCACCACAGGGAGGCUACACAGGCAGUAACAGUAACUCUGCUAGUUCAAGUCAGGCAGGUAGUAGUGCUGGUAAUGCUGGUGGUAGCUACAGCCAAGGAGGACAACCAGGGGGUGGAUAUGUACAGUCAGUUGGGCCUGUGCAAGCAACAGCACCACAGUCAGGCUACACAGGCAGUAGUAGUAACUCUGCAAGUUCAAGUCAGGCAGGUAGUAUUGUUGGUAAUUCUGGUGGUAGCUACAGCCAAGGAGGACAACCAGGGGGUGGAUAUGUACAGUAUGUGGCGCCUGUGAUACCGAAAGUACCACAAGGAGGGUAUACAGGCAGUAGUAGUAACGCUGCUAGUUCAAGUCAGGCUGGUAGUAGUACUGGUUACACUGGUGGAAGCUAUGGUCAAGGAGGACGACCAGGAGGAAGUUAUGUACAGUCAGUGGCACCUGUGCAACCAACAGUACCAAAGGGAGGCUAUACAGGCAGUAGUAGUAACUCUGCUAGUUUAAGUCAGGCAAGUAGUAGUGCUGGUAAUGCUGGUGGUAGCUACAGCCAAGGAGGACGACCAGGGGGUGGAUAUGUACAGUCAGUUGCACCUGUGCAAGCAACAGCACCACAGGGAGGCUACACAGGCAGUAGUAGUAACUCUGCUAGUUCAAGUCAGGCAGGUAGUAGUGCUGGUAACACUGGUGGAAGCUACAGCCCAGGAGGUCGACCAGUUGGUGGAUAUAUACAGUCAGUUGCACCUGUCCAACUAACAGUACCACAGGGAGGUUACACAGGCAGUAACAGUAACUCUGCUAGUUCAAGUCAGGCAGGUAGUAGUGCUGGUAAUGCUGGUGGUAGCUACAGCCAAGGAGGAAAACCAGGGGGUGGAUAUGUACUGUCAGUUGCGCCUGUGCAAGCAACAGCACCACAGGCAGGCUAUACAAGCAGUAAUAGUAACUCUGCAAGUUCAAGUCAGGCAGGUAGUAUUGUUGGUAACACUGUUGGAAGCUACAGCCCAGGAGGUCGACCAGGGGGAGGAUAUGUACAGUCAGUUGCACCUGUGCGACCAACAGCAUCACAGGGGGGAUACAGAGGUAGUAGUAGUAACUCUGCUAGUUUAAGUCAGGCAGGUAGUAGUGCUGGUAACACUGGUGGAAGCUACGGCCCAGGAGGUCGACCAGGGGGAGGAUAUGUACAGUCAGUUGCACCUGUGCGACCAACAGUACCACAGGGAGGGUAUACAGGCAGUAGUAGUAACUCUGCUAGUUCAAGUCAGGCAGGUAGCAGUACUGGUUACACUGGUGGAAGCUAUGGUCAAGGAGGACGACCAGGGGGAAGUAAUGUACAGUCAGUGGCACCUGUGCAACCAACAGUACCAAAGGGAGGCUACACAGGCAGUAGUAGUAACUCUGCUAGUUUAAGUCAGGCAAGUAGUAGUGCUGGUAAUGCUGGUGGUAGCUACAGUCAAGGAGGACGACCAGGGGGUGGAUAUGUACAGUCAGUUGCACCUGUUCAACCAGCAGGACCACAGGGUGGUUAUGCAGGUAGUAACAGUAACUCUGCUAGUUCAAGUCUGGCAGGUAGUAGUGCUGGUAAUGCUGGUGGUAGCUACAGCCAAGGAGGACGACCAGGGGGUGGAUAUGUACAGUCAGUUGCACCUGUUAAACCAGCAGGACCACAGGGUGGCUAUGCAGGUAGUAACAGUAACUCUGUUAGUUCAAGUCUGGCAGGUAGUAGUGCUGGUAAUGCUGGUGGUAGCUACAGCCAAGGAGGACGACCAGGGGGUGGAUAUGUACAGUCAGUUGCACCUGUUCAACCAGUAGGACCACAGGGUGGCUAUGCAGGUAGUAACAGUAACUCUGCUAGUUCAAGUCAGGCAAGUAGUAGUGCUGGUAAUGCUGGUGGUAGCUACAGCCAAGGAGGACGACCAGGGGGUGGAUAUGUACAGUCAGUUGCACCUGUUCAACCAGCAGCACCACAGAGUGGCUAUGCAGGUAGUAACAGUAACUCUGCUAGUUCAAGUCAGGCAAGUAGUAGUGCUGGUAAUUCUGGUGGAAGCUACGGACAAGGAGGGCAACCAGGAGUGGGAUAUCUACAAUCAGGAGCCCCACAAUCAGGUUACGCAGGCAGUGUUAGCAACUCCGCAAGUUCAGCUCAAGCUGGUAGCGCUGCUAUCAACACUGGAGGAGUUAAUGCCCAACGAGGAAAUCCGGGUUUUAUCCAAGCUAGACCUCAAAGUGUGUACAAUAGUGGUGGCAGUUACACCCAAAAGGAUGAUUCAGGAAGUGCUGUAGUGCAUGGAGGGCAACAAGGUGGAUAUGGUACAAGUGACCUCAACUCUGCUAGUUUUAGUCAGACUGGUAACAAUAUACACAAUACUGGUAGCAGUCCUGGCUACACCCAAGGAGGAAGUUCUGGGGGUGGCUUAGUGCAAGUUGGACCACCAGUUGGUUUCGGUGGAAGUAACAGUAACUCUGCAAGUACGAGCCAGACGAGUAGCAGUGCUGGUAGUAAUGUAGGCGGCAAUGGCAAUAGUCUUGUGCAAGGAAGUGGAGGAUACCAGCCACAGGGUGGCAGUAACUCUGCCAGCUCUAGCCAGGUAGUAAGUGCAUCUGAUAGUAGUUUAGGCUACAAUCAUGGUAGUGACAACUGGAGAGACAACCUCGCUAUCCAGGAAGAGUAUGGGGCACCUAUCCAGCCAGCAGCCAACUCGAAGAGUGAAUCCUCUUCCUCAUCUGGUUCGCAAGCUGCAGGAAGUGGUUCGUCAAGUAAAUCCCAGAGUUAUUCCGCAUCAUCGUCUGGAGCAGGAAGCUCCAGCCAAUCCAGCAGUAGCUCCUCGUCUUCUGCUUCUGGUGGAGGAUUAUCUGGCUCAAGCAGUCAGUCUGGGAGCCGAUCUACAGUCGGAAGAAGAUCGCCUGAGGCAUCUGGCCAAACGAAUAGCCAAUCAUCUUCUUCUAGCCAGUCCAGUUCUUAUGCAGGAAGUGACGCGAUUUACUUUGGCGAUUAAGUAGUAUUAACUGUGAUUUAAGUUGACAGACUAUUUAAGAAAAUUAUUAAAAUCUAUUGCCUGUAUACCACCAGCUGAUGGUUUGGUAUUCAUAAAUUGUAAGAAGAAAACAGUGCGAAUUGGAUUAAUUUGGUUUUGUAUUAAUUUAAGUUAGGCGAAAGUCGAUGCCUGUUUGCUAAAUGAAAAUAAUAUGCCAAAUAAAUUUUUUGUAACUUUUAA